AUGCAGCUUUCCGAACUUGUCGCUAAGGAGUUGCAUUUACUUAACUACGUGAUUACUCGACCGACUACCAGCUUCAACGGUGUCAGCUCGUUCGAAAUUAAGAACGGACAUAUUCACUAUCGCGUGUUUUUCGCAGAAAAUGUGGAAGAAGAAACAAUGUCACUCUCUGACGCUUCCAAGCUUGCUGCUUUCUUCAACUCGAAAUUCUUUCACGAGACAGUGACCACAAAUCGUCUGGCCAUUCCAUGUGGUCAUUUUGAGCGAUCGUUUCGAAUCGAAGACAACAACAUCUGGUUACUUGGUGUCGUCAUACGAAUCGAAAAAGGUCGACAAAAACAUCAUCUCAGCGAGAACGAGCUGUACCUGGUCGCCGAAAAGCUAGGCGCAGUACAUGCGAUCAACACUGCAUCUAUGGCACCAGAGUUUCUCCGAGUGAUCGAAGAGAAUCACGAGAACAUUCGCCGUUACCAGGUCUCCAUUGAGCCUCAGCUACUUGGCAUUUUAAAGGAAGCGCUCAGGGGCGAAUUAUCUCAUUACUUUUCUUUGCCAAUGGAGGUCAUACCAAGGGCUGAGGCUAUUCUCAAACACAACGAUGACUUCACCGAACCAUCAGAGCGUGUCAUUUGCCAUGGUCAUCUCACAGCGGAAAACUGCCAUUUCAAGGAGAUAUCGCAGUACAGUAGUGGUGUUGGACCUCAUGAGAACGAAGUGGUUGAUAUCAGCGAUUGGGAGACGCAUUUGCACUUCGGCGACGUUGCUCUCGACCUCUCUAACCUCAUUAUUUCUUCAGCUGAACCGAGUGUGAGGAGAAAUAAGUACAUGUCGAUCUUUCGCCGUUACUACUACUCCCGUGUGGAUUACCGCCCAACGAAUUUCCGUCUUGCCGAUCUCAAGAGACUUUUCCGCAAGCAUCACAAACAUGCUGUCCUAUCAGGGUACACAUAUUUUGAAAACGUUGUUAUUUUUGUGGUUUUGAGA